AUGAAGAAGCUCGUCAAAGCCUCUCUGAGUGUCAGUCCUGACAGAUCUCAGUUCUUUGAAUUUGAGUCUGUCUCUCUGAGCUGUGAGGUUCAGGGGAACUCUGCUGGAUGGAGAGUGGUGAGGAACACAACGAGAGGAAACCUUUCAGAGUGUAAUAGUGACUGGGGAAAACCACAAGGGUCUUCAUGCAUCAUGUCACUAGUACCAUCAUCCAGUGGAGCGUACUGGUGUGAGUCUGGGUCUGGAGAACACAGCAAUGCUGUCAACAUCACAGGACAUGAUGGAGCUGUGAUCCUGGAGAGCCCUGCCCUUCCUGUGACUGAGGGAGAUUCUGUGACUCUGCGCUGCAGAUAUAAGGGAACUCCCUCUAACCUCACAGCUGAUUUCUACAAAGAUGGAUCCCUCAUCAGGACUGAGACUACAGGAGAGAUGACCAUCCCUGCAGUAUCCAAGUCAGAUGAGGGACUUUACAAGUGUACCAACUCUAAAGGAGAAUCACCAGAGAGCUGGAUGACAGUGACAGGUGAGGAGAGAAUGAAGGUAGUCCGUUACAUGUAA